AUGAGAGUAGAAGAAAGACUCGAUGAUUUUCUUACUAGAUUCACUAAUGUUAUAAAUCAAUUAAAAACAUAUGGUGAAGAUGUAACAAAUCAAAGAGUAGUUCAAAAUAUUCUUAUUUCUCUCUCUAGUAGAUAUGACCUCAUUGUAAGUGUGAUAGAAGAAACAAAAGAUAUGAAGAAGCUUUCAUUACAAGAGGCAAUCACAUCCAUCAAGGCGUUUGACCAAAAGCUUGAGAAGAGGAAUAAAGCUUCUACCAUGGAGAGAGCCUUCCAAAGCUUCAUCAUGAGCUCAAAUCAACAACAGAGCCAGAAGCAAAAGAAGAAGAAGAAAGGAGGCAAGCCCAAUUUAGCUCCAAAGCCUCAACAACAACAACAAAGUGGUAACUCCCAACAAGGUAGCAAAUCCACAUAUAGAACUUGCGGCAAGUCUCAUCAAGGGAAGUGCUGGUUCGAGGAGAAGCCCAAGUGCACCAACUGCUCCAGAUUUGGGCAUACCAAAGAGCAGUGCAGGACUCAAGGAAAUCAAAACCAAAACCGCCGGCAAGUCUUAGCAAACCAAGAAGAGGACGGCGAAGGUAAUGUUUUCUUUGCUUGUCAUGGAGGAAAAGAUAGUGAUGGUAGUCUUUGGUAUAUUGACAGUGGCUGUAGUAACAACAUGACCGCGAACUGA